AUGGCAAUCUCAAGGGCAGACAAGAGCAUGGAAGAUGGAGAUGAUGCUGGUCUAAACCCUGACUGGAGUGACCUGGUGUGAGUGGAUGGGUUGCAGAAACGAUAUGUUGGCGCGUUUUCGAACCCUGGAGAAGCCAACGUAUGCUGUACCAGCAGGAACGAGGUCACUGUCCAGCCAGACGAUGAGAUGCUUGAUGUUCUGCCCUUGAGAUUUUGUGAUGGUUUGGGCAUAGGCCGGCGUGAAUGGGUAGUAGGUCACCGGCCUCUCAUCGUCAAUGUGGGUCACCGGGUAGACAAAGACCCUCUGUCCCUCGGGCAGGCGGAGAACGAUCGUGUUGUUCUGGGCGGAGAUGAAGGUUGCUUCCUGCCUAUUGACGAUGCGGGCGGCCUUGUCGCGAUUUUCGGUGAACAAGACCUUCAUGUCCUUGAGAGGGUAGAUGGGGCUGCUCUCGGCCACGGAUGCGCACGGUAUUGUGGACAAAGGACGUUGAUCUGCGAA